AUGCCGAGCCCGACCCGCGCCGCGCACAACUAUCUCGUCGCAGGAUACUUCCGACGGGGCCGCCCAGCGGAGGCGCUCGGGGUCGUGCGGCGGCUCGCGGCGUCCACGGGGCGGCUGGACGUCUUCGCGCUGUCCAUGGCGCUGAAGCUGUCUGCGGCGCUGGCUCUACCCGGCCUCGUCGCCAGGGAGGUCCACGCACGCGUGUUGAGGUCCGUCGCAGAGUCCGACGAGAUCCUGUUCGCGGCCCUGGUGGACGCCUACGUGAAGAGCAGGUCACUUGGCUACGCGCGGCGGGUGCACGGCGCGAUGCCCGUGCGAAGCGUGGUGUGCUCCACGGCGCUGGUCGUGGGGUGCAUGAAUGAAGGGCUGUUCGAGGACGCCGAGGCGAUAUUCGAGGAGAUGGAGGGGAAGGACGUCGUGGCGUACAACGCCAUGGUGGAGGGCUACAGCAAGACGGAGGAGACGGCGGAGGGCUCGCUCGAGAUGUUCAAGGCGAUGCAGCGAGCAGGGUUUCGUCCCACGGUAUCGACAUUUGUGAGCGUGCUCGGGGCCUGCUCACUCUUGUCGUCGCUGGAGCUCGGCGAGCAGGUGCAUUGCCAGGGGAUGAAGAGCGGCCUAGUCUUUGACAUCAAAGUGGGAAGCGCUCUGGUCGACAUGUAUGCCAAGUGUGGCCGUGUGGAAGACGGCCGUAGGAUCUUCAACCAGAUGCCAGAGAGGAAUGUGAUCACCUGGACUUCGAUGAUCGACGGGUAUGGGAAGAACGGCCUCUCUGACGAGGCCCUCCAGCUGUUUGGCGAAAUGCGAGAGCGGCGAGAUGUGAGGCCGAACCACACCACCUUCUUGAGCAUUCUGUCGGCGUGCGCACACGCUGGGCUGCUGUCUCAGGGCCAGGAGGCUUUCCAGAGCAUGGAGAGUGAGUACUUGCUGCGGCCGCGGAUGGAACACUAUGCAUGCAUGGCGGACUUGCUGGGUAGAUUCGGAAGCGUGCGGCAGGCCUAUGAUUUUGUCCGAGGUAUACCGGUGAGGCCAAACUCCGAUGUGUGGGCCGCGCUGCUCGGGGCGGCUACGCUGCACGGGGAUAUGGACAUGGCCAACAUUGCAUCGAGGGAGGUCUUCGAGCUGAGCCGCAAGGGGAGACCGGGCGCCUACAUGGCAUUCUCCAACACACUUGCGGCAGCCGGGAAGUGGGAUGACGUGCAUGACGUUAGGGAGAUGAUGAAACAACGAGGCGUGCUGAAAGACACUGCCUGCAGCUGGGUUGGCUCGGAGAACCCGCCGCUUGUCGACUGA